AAGUCCUCCAAAGGGGCUGCCCUGUGGCCCCAGGCCUGAGGUUCUUCCCGGCGGGCUUGCCACCUGAGCCCAGCCGAGCUCCAGCAGCCCCUGCCCAGCCUACCUGCAGCAUGCAGCCCAGACAGCGGGCGCAGCCCGGGACGUGGGGUCCGAGGGACCUGCAGGUGCAGCGGGGGGCGCAAGGAGGGUGAAGGUGGAGAUCCAGCACUGUUAAAUGAAGUGGAACCUUCCUCCUGCUGUUCUGCAGGGGCUUCCGAAAGCCUGGGAGCACGGACACAACCCCCCGCUGGCCUGUGGGAAGCAGCACGCGCUUCCGGACAUUCCCACCGGACAUUCCGCCUGGGCAGCCUCAGCCUGCCACCACCAGCCAGCCACUCAUCUGCUGGCACAGAUUUCCCAGAGAGGUGAAGGAGGGGACAAACAUCCUUCCUCAGUGUGCUGGGAACAGCCACCUCGAACCCUACCUGUGGAGCCUGGCUGGGGGAGCCCAGGCACGAAGAUGCUGGAGAAGAACAGACUGUGCCCCUUGAACGGAACAGCUCCCCUUCUCCAGUGCCAUCAGCCCCAUCCCCUCCAGAGGGGUUUUCACAGCUCACUCAUCGCUCCCCCGGACACAGCCACUUGUUGCACCAAGCAGCAUGACUAAGGAACGUCAUGGGGUCGCGCCUGCAUCUCCCCAGCCUGCGCAGCUCUGGCUCUCUUGGGAGGUUGCUGGCCGUAUGCCUGCACACUUGCGCAGCGUGCAUUAGAGGAAGCCCACCUUGCUCGUCGAGCAGAGCUGGAGCGUCACCACCCGCUUCCUUGUUCCUGGAAGAGCAACCUCAGGCAACUCAGACCUGCUCUCAAGGGCCUGUAAAUCAGCCGCUUUGCUGUUGUGUUAUGAACCAUCGGCUCUGGUUUUCUAUCUGCGCGCUCUCAGAAAACCCCUCUCAGCACCAGCCGGGCGUUUGCCGUCUUUCACUCUCCCUGGUUUCCACUCUGCCCUGCGGUAUCACUACUGUGUUGGUGUUCACGGCUCCUUUAGGGGUAGAGCUGGGCGAGCCUGCGGGCACGGAUUUCUUCUCCUGGGGGCAGGCAGCAAGCCAGCCCUGCUCGCUGCGCAGGCAGGGAUCAGCGUGCGGAGGGAGAGCCGCAGGAUGGGGCCGUAUUCACCGGCAACGCGGAAACAGGAAAAUAAGCAGCUUCCCCAGUGGCAGGGAAACGGGUGUCAGCACCAGCGCCGGGACUUGGCUUUCUCCUCCCCACGCCAAGAGAGCAGAUGUCUCUCCAGCCUGUAUCCUCCCAGCAUCUCCUCUCCCAGCUAGCCCCGGAGCCAGCCGAGAGCCAGCCGGGGACCGGCGCGGCUGCCGCGGCGAGCGGGAGGCCGGGAGCUCCUGGCGGCUGGCCGCCCCAGACCCCUCAGCCGGGAUGGGCAGCCCUGGCACCGAAACUUCAAACCUCUCGACCAGUUCAGCUCCCUUUCCACUGGGAAUCCGGGUACCCCCGCCCCCGUCGCCCCAGCGCGCCCAUCGCGAGAGCCGAGGGGCCGAGCCGGGGCAGAGCGCGGGAGGCUGCUCCGCACGACGGACAGCCGGGCUCAGCGCCGAGGCCCAGCACCCCCCCGGGCGCAUCCCCCGCCCGGGCCCGGGCGGGCGCACGGGUGCUUUCGGCCGAGAUGCUCUCCCCGCCGAUGCAAGCAGCCCUGCCCGCUGCCCGGCAGGCACACGGCUCAGCCGCGCUCACCCCGGCCCGGGGGGACCGGCACCCCCGGGCAGCGGCCCCCACCCCGCGCCGCCCCCCUCGCCCCCGCCUGCCCUGCGGCGGCCCGGCCCGGCCCGCGCCGCCCCGGCCGCUUACCUUCGGCCCCAGCCCCAGCGCGGCCGCCUCGCCCCGGCCGCGGCCCCGGGAAAGUCCCGGCCCGGCUCCGCCUCCUGGGGCUUCCCGGGCCCGGCUCCGCCCCGGCGGGGACAGCGGUAA